UCGUAAGCAGUUGGACUCACACCUGUUAAAGUGGAACGGCAGGUGAGCCGGGGGAUUUGAUACAAAGCGUUUCCGGAACAAGAGGGGUUUCAUUGAUUAUCAGCGGUAGCAGCAAAAAAAAGGUGAACGGCUCUAGUCCAAAAUGGAAUUUGAUCGUAUAAAGUCAUCGGCUGCCCUCAUAUAUGAAGAGUUCAUCCAAAACGCAGACUCGCGGACAGAGAACUGGCCCCUCAUGUCGUCACCUGUCCCCCAAACGAUCGUCAUCGUGGCAUACAUUUACUUCGUGACAUGCUUGGGGCCACGGAUUAUGGAGAACCGCAAAGCCUUCGACCUCAAAGGGAUUCUCAUCGUGUACAAUUUUGGUAUUGUGGCUCUCUCGGUCUACAUGUCCUAUGAGUUUGUCAUGUCAGGAUGGGGAACAGGAUACAACUUCCGCUGCGACCUGGUCGACUACUCCAAUUCGCCGCAGGCUGUUAGGAUGGCAGCAACAUGCUGGCUGUAUUACUUCUCCAAGUUCAUUGAGAUGUUGGACACAAUCUUCUUCGUCCUGAGAAAGAAAAACAGCCAGGUGACAUUUCUUCAUGUCUACCAUCACUCCAUCAUGCCCUUCACCUGGUGGUUUGGAGUUCGGUUUGCAGCAGGUGGUUUGGGAACCUUCCACGCCCUGCUGAACUGCAUCGUCCAUGUCAUCAUGUACUCGUACUACGGCUUGACUGCUUUGGGCCCCAGCUACCAGAAGUUCCUUUGGUGGAAGAAAUAUCUCACAACCAUCCAGCUGAUCCAGUUUGUCAUGGUGACCAGCCACAUUUCCCAGUAUUUCUUCCUGAAGGACUGCCCCUACCAGUUCCCUGUCUUCAUCUACAUCAUUGGUACAUACGGCCUGAUUUUCCUGUUCCUCUUCCUCAACUUCUGGUACCACGCCUACACCAAGGGAAAGAGGCUGCCUAAAGUGCUGCAGAACCAGACAUGGGCACACCACUCCAACGGAGUCAUGAAUGGGAACGCCAAUCAUGACAAAGAAGAGUGACGCAGGAGCCGGAUCAUCGAGGGGUUUCAGGGUUGACCUCAUUUACGCAAGAAAACCACAGCAGAGUCUGAGAUUCAAUCCCAAUUUGUUUGGACUUAAAUUGCAUUUCUACUCGCUAUUGCAAAAGACAAUCUUUAACUUAUGACCAAAGCUAUAUUUAAAGAGGUUUACUGACCCAAGCUGAAGGGUUUUUAAUCUUGUUCUUUUUUGUUUACACUGAAGAUAAAGCCUGUUGGGGUUCAGCUAUGGAAGUUUCCAAUAACUCUCCUAAUCAUAAACAAAAAAAAAAAGUGGUUUAAAAAUAUGUUUCAAAUGGACUCUCACUACUCUUUGAUUCCAUAGCUUCACCUGUAAGACUGUAGUGUAGGACCCUCAGCCUCCCAGUCAUACUGAGCCUCCUCUAAACACUUCUAACACGCAUCAGUUUUUACCUUUUGUGACUUGAUGUUCCUCCUCAGAAGACUUUUGGGAAAUCCAGUUUAGGUUUUUAAGAAAUAUGCACUGAUGAGUUUAUUUAAUUUGACCUUAAAUUGUUGGUACAAAUGCCCUGUAGUUUAGGUCAUUGUUAAAAGGUUGUGUGCAUGCAGAACAGGGUGAUCACAUAUCCAUGUCCUCUCCUCUAUGGCUUGAGUCACAGCCACUGCUGAUGGUGCAGAGAUUUGGUGUGAAGGACGGUCUUCAUACCGUUAAGUCAACACAGUCUCCUAUGAAGCACUGGUGUGACGGUGAUGCUGGAGAGGAGGGCUAAUGCACCACUGUGUGUCUUGUAGAACCCAGAACAUGGUUGGAGUUGAACUACUUCCUUACUGAGGUGAAUUACACUGUAUUUAACAGAACGGCAUGAUUUGUAUGGCUUUUUUUUUUUUUUUUUUUUUAGUCAGACACAAACAUAAGCAGCCUUACUUGCCCACGUUUCAGUAUUUAACUUUGUGCGUUGAAGCGUCUUCAGACGGCGUGAGUCGGGCAGUGUAUUGGUCUGGAGCAGUUUUAGAUUCAGUUACCAUGAUCUUAAAGUGAAAAGUGAACGUGACUGAGGACACAGGAUCGAGCUUGUCACGACUCAAAUCCCUUUAUACCAAUAAUACUGUAACUAUGUGAAAUGAAAUGUUUAUUUUGAAUUUUUAUAUGUAUUUAUACAAAAAUAAAUGAUCAUUGUAAUUUGAAAA